UUGAAGAGUGUAACGUUCCGUAUCAUAGGAACGAAUAGCGCGACGACUAUAAAGAAAGAGAAAACGGACGCGGCGAGUUUUGUUCAUGCCGAGUGCAGGUCGAUAUUUCAUCUUUUAUUUUGUGUUGGUGUUCGUCGUAUGUCUGGCUAAAGAUGCUCACAUCGUGGCUAGAUGGGCGGAGAAAUUGGGCACUGAGUUGUGGGAACUCGCGAACGAAGUGGACCGGCCCGAGGAAUUGCUAGAAAAAUACAAAAGCAUGAACGUGCGAGUUGAAGAUAAGUCUGGAGAAGAGUUGAUCAACAUAAUUAGCCAAAAUGUAGGUAGGAUGCUGCGUCGAAAGAUGGACGCAAUUACCUGCAUUCGAAUAGCAGCCGAAGAGGCUGCGGAGAACUGGGACCCAUCUCUCCUAGACGACAACUUCUCCUACGUUUCCAGCAAAUGUAGUCCUGUCAUCGGUCAUGAUUCAGCAAACAAGAACUCAACAAACAAAAAUUGUGAUAUUCAUAAGAAGAAUGUGACCGUGUUCAGAGAUAUGGAACUGAUUUCGGACUCGCAUUUCUACGACAUUCCGGUAAAUACGACUUACUCAUCGGUUCAUAUACCAACCAACGUGUACGAUCUCAUGCAAGAUGUAGCUGAAGAUAUCGCGAGGACUGAACCGUUGGACGAUAUAUUUCGUCAGAAUUACGAAUCUGAUCCGGCAUUGUCGUGGCAAUACUUUGGUACAGUCACUGGUGUACUCCGACAAUAUCCUGCUAUGCAGUGGCGAACAAAUCUCAAAGACACCAACGACGAUGAUAAUAUAAACGAUAACACAAUUGAUGAUAAUAUUAAUAAUAAUAACAAUGUUAGCAAAAAUAAUAACGAAGACAUCGCUGAUGUUAAUGAUAAUGAUGACAACGAUGACGAUGAUUCUCCUGCUAAUGUUAAUAAUGAUGACGACAACGAUGAUUCUCCUGUUGAUCAGUACGACGACAAUGACGACGAUGAUAAUUUUCCUGCUGAUCAGGACGAUGAUAAUUCUUCUGCUGAUGAAUACGACUGCAGGUUACGUAAUUGGUUUAUCGAGGCGGCCACAUGCAGCAAGGAUAUGGUGAUUCUAAUGGACGUCAGUGGCAGCAUGACGGGCUUUGGAAAGACGAUUGCAAAAACGACAGUGAACUCGAUUCUGGACACCUUAUCAAACAAUGAUUUCGUCACACUGCUAAAAUACAAUAACGAGACGACCGAAUUCGUGCCAUGUUUUAAGGAUAUGCUGAUUCAAGCCACUCCAGAAAAUCUCGACACAUUCAAAAAAUCCAUGGACAAAAUUGAUACAGAUAACGUCGCCAAUCUCACGGAGGCUUUUACUAAAGCAUUCAGUCUACUUAAAACUUAUCGAGAGGAACGCGGUUGUGACGCCGACUCACCGUGUAAUCAGCUCAUCAUGCUUGUUACUGACGGUGUUCCUGGAGGGACAUUGGGAAAUAAUCUAAAGGAGGUAUUCAAAAAAUGGAAUUGGAAUGAAAAUAGUACUCAUAUACCGGUGCGAGUAUUUACAUAUCUUAUAGGCAAAGAAGCUACAAAAAUGGAUGAACUCCAGUGGAUGGUAAGAUCGUGUCUAAAUCUUGGCGACUACAAGAAAGUAAAAACUCAGGAGGAAGUGCGCGAACAAGUACUCAAGUACAUUUCAGUCGUAGCGCGUCCUUUGGUACUUCAGAGUGUGGUACAUCCUAUCGUAUGGACACAUGCUUACGCUGAUAUCACGAAUCCAGCACUUGCCGCUUGGCUGUGGUGGGUGAUGAAGCAUGGGCAACAAAAGUCGCUGGAAAAGUAUCUGAAAGGAAAACGGAUGGGCGUGCAAAUAAACGAGAACGCAAUCUACAUACAGCAGCUGCACAAGGAUGAGAACAUUGGGGAAGAUUCAUCCACAACCUGGCAAAAGUACAGACUGUUGACUUCCGUAAGCACACCUGUAUUUGAUCGUAAGAGCAAUCACAGCAACAUGACAGAUGCGGCGAAUGACACACUGUUCGGCGUGGCUGGCACAGACGUGCCGAUUGAUGACAUCCGCGAACUUACGUUGCCAUAUAAACUCGGCGUGAAUGGCUACGCCUUUAUUGUAUCCAAUAACGGCUAUGUGAUAUUGCAUCCAGACCUCCGGCCAGAUUACAAAGACCAGCUUAAGUUGAACUAUAAUAGCAUCGAUCUCACGGAGGUAGAGAUACUUGACGACAAACGCGAGCCCAGGAAUCCGGGACCCGAAUUAUUGGAGCUGAGAUCAGCGCUGGUGGAUCACAAGCGAGGUAACAUGAUGGGGAUCCCCGUGAAAUUACAUUAUGAUGACAAUCGUCGAGUCAACCUUGAGAAACGUGAUUAUUUUUAUGCGCCCCUACCUGGCACUCCAUUUAGUCUUGCGGUUGUUUUAUCCAAUUAUGGAACUACGUGGAUUAAGGUCGGCGAUGAGAUUCGCAGAAACCAGAACAUGAAUGUGAAUGUGUCGGAUUAUUUUGUGGGCGAUCAUUGGCGUGUACAUCCUAGCUGGGUAUAUUGUCGUUACCAUUAUUUGGAAGGUCAUGAGUUUAAUAAGCCGGAAGACGAGUUGCGUCAUUUCUUAGCGCUGAUGAGCCGUCCUGGUUGGCGAUGGUCCGAGCAAUAUGAGGCUUAUUCAUCUAUAGAUGAAGAUGUUGAUGAAGAACCCAACUGUGGCAGACAAACGCUCAAGCACGAUGACUACUAUUGCAACAAAGAACUUAUGCAGUUGCUUGUAUUCGAUGCCAAGGCGACGAACAACAGCUUCCGUGGUGACUAUAUGGAGAAUUUAUCUCCAAGGGCUCGGGAUCUCGCACAUCACUAUGGUAUCUUUAUAAGAUUUAUCGCGACCCAAAGCGGGCUCACCAGGUGGCAUCAUCUUAAAACCAGUAAACUGCUGAAUGUGGAUGACAGUGUUGUUUUCGGUGAUCUUCAUAGACGAGCAGUGAAUGAACCUUGGUAUAAAGGCGCGAUCUUUCAAAGUGAACUAGAUUCAGAAAGUAUUUCUUUAUCUGUUCCAUGGGAAGCAGGCGUGGACGCGAUAGUGACUGCUUCGAUGAGCCUGUCGCCCAAGGAUGGCGGCAAGAAAGCACCAGCGGCUGUAGUGGGUUUUCAGAUGCCGAUGAAAGAUCUGUACAAGCGAUUCAUUGCAUUAAUCUCAGACAAUCAGACGACGAAUACGGUAAUAAAUUGCGCCCACAAUUGGAUUCACUGCUACCUGAUAGAUCAAAAUGGCUACAUAGUGAUCUCAGACGAACAUAAUGACACCGGACAAUUUAUGGGCACUCAGGAGGGUGCUGUCAUGCUAUCCAUGAUCAAACAGGGUCUUUAUAAUCCGAUCGACAUAUUCGAUUAUCAAGCAUGGUGUCAUGAAACUCGAAUCGAUAACUCUGCCAACAGCUUAAUGGAACCGUUGCAACAUAUUGCAAGAUUGUUGCUCUGGUUUCUGCUGAGGUUGAUAUGGUACGCGACCCAGUUUGUAAACUUACCCGGAAUUCAUGGCAAAGUCCACUUCGAUGAAGAUGCACCAGAUCCGCCGCCACCACCAAAACCCUAUUUUUAUUACUAUUCCUGUGAUCAAAAGCGAACUCUCUAUAUGUUGAACGAGACCGUUGCUGCUAAAGGUGUCACCAAUCACUCCGAUUACUGUUCGCGGCCUUUUUACGCUCAGAGAGUUGCACAUACUAAUCUGUUGCUAGUUGUGGUGGACAGCAUGUACCCAACGUGCUUGGACAUAACAUUAGAAGUUACAUCUGUCAACAUUUUACCCUUCGAGUACACAAAUAGCACGGGCGAGAAACCCUGUCACAAGAUUCCAUUGAACACUCUAAAAAGACGCAGGCUGAAGAAUUGCUUUACAGAACAUCCUCUGGAGCAUGUGACUUACGGCUGCGGAGCAUCUGAACUGAUGGUGUCUUUCUCACUAUUAUAUAUCAUUGUUGUUAGGAUUCUGUAUAUUUUCAUGUGACGGCAAAUU